UUGUUCUAUCUGUGGUUCCACUGCCGGCCACAAAUCCACACACGAGAGAGAUAUAGCAAAAACUGACCGUAUAUCUGCGACGUAAUUAUAUUCAGGCAGCUCGGAAGCUACCCAUGAAAAUAUCAGCGGUCCUACUAGUUGUAAGGAGCAUCCAGCCAGGACAGAAAAGCAAAAAAAGCGAAAGCUCUGAGUACUUUGGAGUAAGUAGCUAGCUAAGUAAUCAACGGAGUUUCUCUUUCUUUCAGGUAAAGUGUUUUAGUAAGGAGUGACUUGAACGGUUGUCUGAAUUUCUAAGAAACUGUUCUUCCAAUCGUGGUCAUUCUUUUAAUAUCAUGGCUCCAACUAUCCAGACACAAGCACAGCGAGACUCAGACGGUCACAGGAGUUCAUCACACAGAACUGUUCCAGAGAGGUCUGGAGUGGUCUGUCGGGUAAAGUACUGCAACAGCCUGCCUGACAUCCCAUUUGAUCCCAAAUUCAUCACAUAUCCAUUUGACCAGCACAGGUUUGUGCAGUACAAGGCUACAUCGUUAGAGAAGCAACACAAACAUGAACUGCUUACUGAGCCUGACCUUGGCGUCACCAUCGACCUCAUUAACCCAGACACAUACCGCGUCGACCCCAGCAUUCUUCUUGAUCCAGCUGAUGAGAAGUUAUUGGAGGAAGACAUCACAGCUCCAUCCAGCUCGAAAAGAUCUCAGCAGCACGCCAAGGUGGUCCCGUGGAUGAGAAAGACUGAGUACAUCUCUACAGAGUUCAACAGAUAUGGUGUCUCCAAUGAGAAAGUGGAAGUCAAGAUCGGUGUGUCUGUCAAACAGCAGUUCACAGAGGAGGAGAUAUACAAGGAUAGGGACAGCCAGAUUGCUGCAAUUGAAAAGACCUUUGAGGAUGCACAGAAACCGAUUGCCCAGCACUACAGUAAACCCAGAGUCACUCCUGUGGAGGUGAUGCCUGUGUUCCCUGACUUCAAGAUGUGGAUCAACCCGUGUGCUCAGGUAAUCUUCGACUCUGAUCCUGCUCCUAAAGACAUGUCAGCACCCCAAGGUGUGGAGAUGAUGUCACAGGCCAUGAUUAGAGGUAUGAUGGAUGAGGAAGGAAACCAGUUUGUGGCCUACUUCCUGCCCAAUGAGGAAACGAUUCGCAAGCGCAAGAGAGACGUGGAUGAGGAGCUGGACUACAUGCCUGAUGAUCUGUAUGACUAUAAGAUAGCCAGGGAGUACAACUGGAAUGUGAAGAACAAAGCCAGCAAGGGCUACGAGGAGAACUACUUCUUUAUCUUCAGAGAUGGAGAUGGAGUCUACUACAACGAGCUGGAGACCAGAGUACGGCUGAGUAAGAGGAGAGCUAAGGCUGGAGCCCAGUCUACUACAAACGCUGUGCUGGUGUGUAAGCACAGAGACAUGAAUGACAAGGAGCUGGAAGCACAGGAUGCGCGUAAGGCUCAGCUGGAGAACCAUGAACCAGAGGACGAAGAAGAGGACAUGGACUUGGGUAAACUGCAGGACUCUGGUGAUGAGAAGGGCAGCGAGAGCGAGGGAGACAACUCUGACAGUGACUCUGACAGGGAGGAUGAGGAUGGAAAGCGGAGUGGAGCUGAGGAUGAUGAAGAGGGAGUGAAGCGGAGGAGGAAGGCCAGUGGUAGCGGCAGUGAGAGUGGCGAGGAGGAGGUCAAGCUGGCGGAUGAGGUGGAAAUCUUCGGUAGCGACGACGACAGUGAUGACGACGACAACGAGCCCAAGAAUGGAGCAGCCCGGAGCAGUGGGGAGGAGGGCAGUGGGAGCGAGGAGAAGGAGAGCCAUAGGGAGAGGAGUAGGAGCGUGUCUCCGGCCCACAGUAGCGGUAGUGACCACUCAGAGGGUGGCCAUGCCCAGAGUGGGAGUGGCAGUGAGCAGGCCUCAGACUCCAGCGAUGGUAGUGACAGUGAAUAAGAGCCUUCUUACUGUGACAACGCCAGCACACCAUGCCUCACCCUCGAGCUCCAGCCAGCCCACGCUGACAAGCCCCACCCUCAGAACAGCCAUGUUUUUACAGACUGAGUCCCAGGCUAGCAACUCAUUCCUGUUGAAUGUUAGUUUGCUACUUUUUUUAGGAGAGACACAACCUCUAAGGGACUUCUACAAGGCUUUUGGGUACCUGUAAAUGUCACUUACUCAAAUCUGUCAGACCUUUGUUCAUAGAUAUAGCUGGAGCCACAUCUUAGUCGCUGUGUACAGUACGUGCUUCAUUGAACAAAAUUAAACAGAUUUAUUUUGUUAUUUUAAGCUGUUAUUUUUAAGUCAGUUUGUCUUUAUGGUUUGUACAUUUCUCACUUUAAUAUGAGGUACUUAAAGUGUUGUGAAAGCAGAAACAUUUUUUCUGUUUAAUUUUCAGGUGUUAAACCUGUUAAAUCUGUUUUUCUUUGUCCUUAGCAUUUUGAGGAUACAAUGCAUUAUAAAUGUAAUAGGAACAGCCAAUAAAAUGUGGGAAAGUUGUUUUUUUUAUGUUUUGAACUAAACUUUCAAAAGAACAUUCUCUUUUUCUGCCAAUUUCUUGUUUCCCUCCCAGAAACUGCUACUAUUAACCUGUAUAAAUUCAGUUGUAUGAUGGAAACUUCUCUUAACAUCUAGACAUUGUAAAUAAAUGGUGGUAGCUGAUUUUA